UAUCUGUAUUUCUCUUCGUUUAGUUUCUCUCUAAUUUUUCCUUUCUAAUCUUCUUCUGGGUAUUGUUAUUAUUCUUGAAUUAUUCAAUCCCCUUUUCGAUUAACGGUUUCUACACUGGGCUUUCUCUUGCGCUUAGGAACUUCGUUAAUCGUUUGUGUAUUCAAUUUUGUUUGUUUGUGAUAGUUGGCGAUUAUAGUGCGGAAAAAAGGUGAUUUCGAUGUCUGUGGCAGCCCCUGGGCAGCUCAAUCUCAAUGAGUCCCCCUCGUGGGGAUCUCGAAGCGUUGACUGUUUCGAGAAGUUGGAACAGAUUGGUGAAGGAACAUAUGGUCAAGUCUACAUGGCUAGGGAAAUCAAUACAGGGGAGAUUGUUGCAUUGAAAAAGAUUCGAAUGGAUAAUGAAAGAGAGGGUUUUCCAAUUACUGCCAUACGUGAAAUUAAGAUUCUAAAGAAGCUGCAUCAUGAAAAUGUAAUUAAGUUGAAGGAGAUUGUUACUUCUCAGGGUCCUGAAAAGGAUGAGCAAGGUAGAUCAGAUGGCAAUAAGUACAAAGGUGGGAUCUACAUGGUUUUUGAGUACAUGGACCAUGAUUUGACUGGUCUUUCUGAUCGUCCUGGGAUGCGAUUUUCAGUUCCCCAGAUCAAGUGCUAUAUGAGGCAGCUGUUAACUGGACUUCAUUACUGUCAUGUUAAUCAAGUACUUCAUCGGGACAUCAAAGGCUCUAAUCUACUGAUAGACAAUGAGGGAAAUCUGAAGCUUGCAGAUUUUGGCCUUGCACGGUCAUUCUCCAAUGACCAUAAUGGACAUCUUACAAAUCGUGUCAUUACUUUAUGGUAUAGGCCUCCUGAGUUGCUGCUUGGGACCACAAAGUAUGGCCCAGCUGUUGACAUGUGGUCUGUUGGUUGUAUAUUCGCAGAACUUCUGCAUGGAAAACCAAUCUUUCCUGGGAAAGAUGAGCCAGAGCAAUUGAAUAAGAUAUUUGAGUUAUGUGGAGCCCCCGAUGAGGUCAAUUGGCCUGGAGUUUCCAAGAUUCCUUGGUAUAACAAUUUCAAGCCAACUAGGCCAAUGAAGAGACGUCUUAGGGAAGUUUUCAGACAUUUUGACCGCCAUGCUUUGGAGUUGCUUGAAAGAAUGCUUACUCUUGAUCCAUCUCAGAGAAUAUCUGCCAAGGAUGCACUUGAUGCAGAGUAUUUCUGGACUGACCCAUUGCCUUGUGAUCCCAAGAGCCUGCCCAAAUAUGAAUCGUCACAUGAGUUCCAGACAAAGAAAAAGCGUCAACAGCAGCGCCAACAUGAAGAAACGGCUAAACGGCAGAAACUACAGCACCCCCAGCCACAUGCACGUUUACCUCCCAUUCAACAAACUGGGCAAACUCAUCCUCAACUCAGACCAGGACCUAACCAACCCAUGCAUAGCUCCCAGCCUACAGCUGUAACAGGACCUAGCCACCACUAUGGAAAGCCUCGUGGUCCUUCAGGAGGACCAAGUAGAUAUCCCCAGAGUGGAAAUCCUAGUGGGGGGUACAAUCACCCAAAUCGUGGAGGCCAAGGUGGAGGUUACAGUGGUGGCCCAUAUCCGCCUCAAGGACGUGGUCCUCCAUACGCUGCCAGUGCCAUGCCGGGUGCAGGACCCCGAGGAGGCAGUAGCGGUUAUGGAGUUGGUGCUCCAAAUUAUCCCCAAGGUGGUCCAUAUGGAGGUUCUGGUGUUGGUCGAGGCUCAAACAUGAUGGGUGGUAAUCGCAAUCAACAGUAUGGUUGGCAGCAGUGAAGUACCAAACAGAUGCGACUUGGACAAACACUUGGAUGAACCGGGCUGAUAAUAGAAUAACAAGAAGAAAAAGAAAGGACAAGGAACAUUAAGGCCAAAAGCUACUUUUUGACUCAAGCCUGAAGGUUGUGUUUUCUGUGUGAGUAGGCUUUGUCAGCCAAAUGCUGGAGCAUGAUUACCAAAAAAGGGUGGUGAUGGUACUGUGCUGAACAUGCAUUUAAUUUUUUUACUUGAAAUGUCUGAGUGAGCUAAAAAACAAAAAGAAAAAAAAAAAGAAAAAGAAAGGUCCAAGUGAGCUGAAACCUUUGGUAUGAUACAUUUUAAUGUAAUCUGGACAUGAUUAAAUUUUUCACUAAUGUAAGUUAGCUUUUCGACUUGUUUUGUAUGAAUUCUCAGUGUUAAAUAAUCAAUGGAAGUGGAUUUCAUGGUUUAUUGACUCUGA